CUGCUCACCGGCGGCGCGAGCGACAUCGACGCCUUCGCGGCCAAGCUCUUCGCUCAGAACGGCGCCAAAGUCAUAAUCGCCGACGUCCAAUCCGACCUCCAUCGCCGAACAGAUCACUUCCACCUCCCCCCACGCCCAAUCGGUCACUUACGUCAAGUGCAGCGGCGGAUCCAGGAUAGGGUAGAGCACUGGGUCACAUUUGAAAAGAGGAGCAAGCUGGACAUCAUGUUCAGCAACGCCGGGAUCAUGGGCCAACUCGCAGGGAUGCAGAUCGCGACAACGGACAGCCAGGAUCUUGCCAAAGUGCUCGAGGUCAACGUUCGCGGCGCGUUCCACUGCGCCAAGCAUGCGGCGCGCGUGAUGAUUGGGGGAAAGAAAGGGGUGAUUAUUUUUACCACCAGCAACAUUACGACAAUGUUUGGGAACGCGCCGCAUGCUUAUACGACAUCGAAGCAUGUUGUGGUUGGGCUGAUGAAAAACCUGACCGUUGAACUGGGUGGGUAUGGGGUUUGGGUUAAUUCGAUUUCGCCCAAUGGGGUUCCGACCCCGAUGGCGAUGAACGCGCUCGGGUUGGACCGGAGGCGGUUCAGGAGCUGGGUUCGCAGCAGGCGAGCUUGA